UCUAUUUUCUGCACGUAUAAAUGUAUGUGGAUGCACCGCCCGCACGACCGUCUUUCGCAGUGCACCGCGACGUGUCCGUUGGUGAAGAAGUCUACGGAGGAGUGCCGGAUCUUUCAGAUGCACCCUCGUGCUCUCCACGUCCUUGCCCUUGCACUGACUGCGGCCGUAAGGGCUGGCUGUGAUGAUAAAACAAAAUGGUAUUCCGGAUUGCGAUCCAUGCUCAAGAAUUGUCCGUUGGAAUCCCAGAACAGUAUCGGUCAGGAUGAUUCACUGGAGGCGUUUAGGAACUGCGUUCAGCAAAGAGCCAUUGAUACCUUGGACACCCUCCUCAACGAAAACGUCAUUCCUGUGUUCAAUGGAGUCGAUCUGAUUCGAGUUCGUCCUAAAGAUGAAAACGAUACAAAAUCUAAAGAUGAAGAUGACGCUAGCUGGUCGGCGAUGGUCUGGAAUCGAUUGACGCAUGUUCUGCGGACUCACGCUUUCAAAGUUAAUGUCGAUCACAUAUUUAACGCAACUCCUAACGCGUCUGAGUCAGAUCCGAAUAACAAUGUUGUCCAAGCUCGCAAACGUCGUCGUCGCAAGUAUCAUGUGAUGCCGUAUAUGAUGAUGGGUCUGUUGCUGAUGGGCACGAUCCUGAUACCGAUGGGUUUCCAAUUCCUUGCAGUGCUGGGUGGCAAAGCCCUGAUCCUCGCCAAGAUGGCCCUUAUAUUAUCCAGCAUACAGGGUCUGAAGAAGAUCGCCACCAGCGGCAUUAAUUACGGAUUAUAUCAUGCUCCGGUCAUAUCGGAGCACCACGGCUGGCACGACAGGAGUCAGCAGGUAUUUCCCGAGCAAGAAGAGCAAAAUUAUCCAGCAUACGUGCCUCCGCAUCCUUAAUUCAUCGCCCAGAGGAGGUACGAAUGAUUCGAAGAGAUGUCCCGACCGCAUAUUGUAUAUUUUAUUGGCACAUUUUACUCUUAUCGAUAAAUUAUAAGACAAAACAAACGUAUAAUUUUACGUUGGCAGUAUUUUCUGAAUAAAUUAUUCAUGAAGUCCUAGAAUUUUAUUAGCAAUCACGUACACGUAGCAUGUAUUUGUUUUGCAUUUAUUGAUAUAUUUUAAUAGCAUUUUGUGUUAAUAUAUAA